AUGUCACUAACAAGUUUUAAUUAUCAGUUCUGGGAAGUGAUUUCUGAUGAACACGGAAUUGACGCCUGUGGAGCGUAUAACGGAGACAGCGACAGCCAACUGGAAAGGGUGAAUGUUUACUACAACGAAGCUACAGGUAACUCAAUUAAAAAUGAAUUUACAUCGUACAAUGUAGUCUUGUUUUUACAUUAUAACAUAUAAUGACUGAAAUGGGUUCUUUGCAAUUAAACCUAAUAUUUCUAAUGCAAAUUAAAACCAAUUUUCACCGAAUGUCCAUGCACAUUUUUUCAAUGAUUAUUUUUUUAUCUAUUUAAUUUAUUUCUUCUUUUUUUUAGGUGGAAAAUAUGUGCCGCGAGCAGUGCUCGUCGAUUUGGAGCCCGGUACAAUGGACUCUGUGAAAGCCGGAGCAUUUGGACAACUUUUUAGACCAGACAACUUCGUUUUUGGUAAGAACAGUUGCUUUUUAAAAAAGUAUAUUCGCUACGUGGCUUUUGAGUAAUGUUAGUAAUUGGGCUGCAGCAAUUUACAUGCUAAAAUCAACAUUUCAUACUUCAAAACCAGAUGUUCGUGGUGAUAAAAUAUUUACCAUCAUUACAACUCAAAAUAUCGGCUAUGCCAGAAAACAAAGAAUCGCUUUGAAAAAAAUUAUUUUCAAAAGAUUUACGAGAUACUGUUGGCUUUCACGCCAAAAAAGGAAUAUGUGAAUAAUCAAACCCACAUGUUUACAAUUUUUUUCGGUUUUUCUCCACGUUAAAAUAGAAUUAAAAAUUCAGAUGUUAUAAUUUUUUAUUCAGCAUUAGUUACUCUUGUAUUUUUAUUUCAAAAUAAGAUAUAUUUCAACAUGAGAAUGUUUUGAUAAUAACAGUUUAAAUUUGCUCUUUUUUCCAGUGGUCUUCGAAAAAUAUUUAAUAAUUCACACAAUCGUAAACAUCUGAAACAAAUCUUUUAAUUAGUUCUUCUAAUUAAUCUUUUAAAAUAAAUUUUGAAUUAAGAAAAAUAAUAAUAAAAAAAACCGGUUAUGAAUCAUUAUCAUAAACAUCCAUUUAUUUUCUUCCUCUCCUUCUAAGAAACCAAUCAUUGUGGAGGGUUUGGGGGUGGGGGGCAGGGGUCGCAUGGUUUUCAGGGGGAGUGGGGGGGAUCAGUCUUCACCAGCAAAGGGGAAUAAAGGGGAACUAUAUAGAAAUUUAACUGCCAAUUGGAUCGUCAACCAAGAUCCCCUCUCUUCAAGGCGAUACAUCAUGACCACUCCCUAAUCCCUGAAUUUAUUUGUUUCCCUUUCCUGUCAGGUCAAAGUGGAGCGGGUAACAACUGGGCCAAAGGUCAUUACACAGAAGGUGCGGAGCUGGUGGACUCGGUGCUAGACGUUGUUCGCCGCGAAACAGAAGGCUGUGACUGCGUUCAAGGCUUCCAACUGACGCAUUCCCUCGGGGGUGGUACUGGGGCUGGCAUGGGCACUUUGCUCAUUUCGAAAAUUCGGGAGGAAUAUCCCGAUCGAAUUAUGACGUCAUUUAGUGUAGUGCCGUCGCCAAAGGUAAUUUAGCGCAAACUGAAUGUCCAAUAGGGGGGCACUUAACUUUGAACUUUUUAAUCAAGGUGGUACUGUACGAUACAAAGUGGGGCACUUGUAUAUCAUCAAAAAAUUAUUUGGUUUCCCUUUAUACUCAUUUCUCGCCUUGGUGGAAUUAAUUUUAAAAAAAUAACAGGACAUAAUAAACCCCGUUGCUCUUCGAGUCUUCACUAGCUCCAAAUCUUGCGCAACUUGUUCCUAUCGUUGAGUGAGCAAAGGAAAAUAGGUGGACUUAUGGUUACUAUGAGAAAGGUCACGGGGUGUCUCAAGAAUAUUACUUAUUUCUGAUAAUUUAGCGACCUUAUUUGUUCUAAAAUCCACCGAGAAGCUGGUGUAGGACCUACCUUAAUUCCAGUAUGUAUAUAUUGAUGCUGGAAAGGCUAAAUUCUUACCGAAAUUAAUUGAAAGCCGAAAACUCCCCAUCGCAUGCAAUCAAAUCAAUUUAAAUUCUUUCAUCCUCCUUUGGGAAACUGUGGCACACCAGAACUGUGGCUAAAAUCAUUUACGAGGUUAUUCGUGGCACAUUUUUGGAGCGUACAACUCUUUGAACAUCUGGUUUGUUUUUUUAUUGGUUCUAAUUCAUACUUGGACGAAUUUCAGGUAUCGGACACUGUCGUGGAACCGUACAAUGCCACCCUGUCUGUUCAUCAGCUGGUCGAGAACACAGAUGAGACAUUCUGUAUUGAUAACGAGGCUCUCUACGAAAUCUGCUUCCGAACGCUCAAGCUAACCACACCCACCUACGGGGAUUUGAAUCAUUUGGUGUCCGCUACAAUGAGUGGGGUGACAACUUGUUUACGCUUUCCUGGACAGGUAAGAGGACUUCACAGCCGCUUGUAAUCUUUUGUUUCCGAACAGAGCUACUAAAGGGAUCACAGCAGCACUGUACCACGUUGCCGAAACGCCACUGACUACCACUGACAAAACUUCUUUAAGAAAUCUUCUCAAGCGGAAUUCAACACCGCACGUUCAACUGUUACUUUUACGUUCAAAAUGUUUGCUACAAAGGGGAAUAAACAGCUUUUCUUAACAUGAAAACCAGAGUAAACACAGUAGCCCAUUGCAACAAAUUUGAAUACAAGAAGGUACAAAUGAGCACGAAAGGAUAAACUUGUAAACGUAGAAAAUGUCAGCACUCAGACAUAGAUCGCUACAAUUUUGCAACCGGCUUUCUAUAAAUGAAAAAGCUUACAGCCACGACAUUUAAGUUACCUAAUUCCUACACAGAACGAUCAAAAACUCCACCAAUGCAUCGAAACUGACCAAUCACAGCUGACAUCGUUUCUUGAGUCUUGCAGCUAUUAACAACAAUUUUCUCGAAUCAGAUUUUAAUCUUAACAAAUUUCAGCUGUCUUUUGAUAAUGAUGAUUUCUGCUCAGGCUGUAGAAAAGCAAAUUACGGCCACCUUCUCGUGGACAAUCGUGCUACAUGAUCGAACAUUAAUCUUGAGCUCGAGCCAGAAAAUAACAGAGAUCCUGAAAAUUCCCAAAUCGCUAAUAACCGAAAAUGUUUUUUAUUUGUUUACAUCUUAGCUCAAUGCCGAUCUGAGGAAGUUGGCAGUGAACAUGGUCCCAUUCCCUCGCCUGCAUUUUUUCAUCCCAGGCUUUGCACCACUGACCAGCCGGGACAAUCAGCAAUACCGUGCACUGACUGUGUCCGAGUUAACUCACCAGAUGUUCGACAACAAGAACAUGAUGGCUGCUUGUGAUCCGCGUCAUGGAAGGUACCUCACUGUGGCUGCCAUGUUCCGUGGGAAGAUGUCCAUGAAGGAGGUUGACGAGCAGAUGCUAAAUGUUCAGAACAAGAACAGGUAAUGAAGAGAUAUGUUAAAUAUUUGUCGUCAGCGCGUAAAGGGAAUAAGAAAACUCUCCAAGAAGAUAUUAGCCACAUCCAGCACAGUGAGGGCCCUAUUAAGCUUCUCAAAAUGAUAGAGGACACCUAACAUAGAAUACCAAAGAACAACAUUCCAAAAAACUCCUGGAUCUCAUUUUAUUCAUUUUUUUUUCAUUAUUAUUUUUAUUAGGGUUCCAAGGAAUGGGUGGUCAACUUUUUAGGGGAAUGGUUAGGUGGUGGGUUUACCCAGCGGAGGACCUAGGGUUCUAUUGUAUGUCCCCCUGCCUCCGGGCGAAUUUAGUAAAUAAAAUUUUUAAAAAAAUUCAAAUAUUCUUAUCCAUUAGUUAUGAACUGCUCAUGUCAUAUUAUCUCAAUUCCAGCACCUACUUUGUGGAAUGGAUUCCAAACAACGUGAAGACCGCUGCAUGCGACAUACCUCCUCGCGGGCUUAAAAUGUCAGCGACCUUCAUUGGUAACAGCACCAGCAUUCAAGAACUGUUCAAAAGAAUCAGCGAGCAGUUUACCGCCAUGUUCAGACGCAAAGCAUUUCUACACUGGUAUACCGGGGAGGGAAUGGAUGAGAUGGAAUUUACUGAGGUGAGAAAAAGAAAUUAAUUCGGUGCUUUUAAGUCUCUGUUUAACAACAAAUUUAUGAACUUAAGAUUCCUAUCGCGAGAUAGCUGAUGAGGGUGAAACGCGAAUCAAAUAACAUGCACAGAAAUCGAUCGUAAAUAAUCUAAGUGCAUGAUAUACAUUUGCCAGUUCUCUGAAAAUUUAGCAGCAAGACAGACAAGUACGGCUGCUGCCAGUACUCAUUAUUUAUCACGGUAUAGAUAGCGAGUAGCGUAGCUAAUCAGAUUGCAGCAUGAGUGGUAAUUAGGUCUUAUCAACUGAGUUGAUGACGUAAAUUGGCCACCCUUAAGAGUUUCAAAGCUGACGUUCGAGCGUUGGUCCCUCGUCAGAGCUCUGACUCAGUCUUCUUCGUCGUUCUUUUGCGUUAUCCUAGUAAUUAUACCUAUUUUGAUGGUUAUAUUUUAACAGGCUGAGUCUAACAUGAAUGAUCUGGUGUCUGAAUAUCAGCAGUACCAAGACGCCACGGUCGAUGAAGAAGAAUUUGAUGACGAAGAAGAAUCAGAAGCUUAAAUAAAUAUUUAUCAC